AUGGCUGGGUAUCCGAAGCUGGUAGGCGUUCCCCUUAAAGUUCGGAAGUUACACACAGCAGUGUGUCACUACAAGGGCCGGACAGGCGCCGAGCACCUGUGGCUGAUGCGCCAUCUAAAGGACCCGUUUGUGAAGGCCGCAAAGGCGGAGAGUUACCGCUGCCGCAGCGCCUUCAAGCUCCUGGAGAUGAAUGAGAAGCAUCACAUCCUGAGGCCUGGGCUCCGGGUGCUGGACUGCGGGGCAGCUCCCGGGGCCUGGAGUCAGGUGGCAGUGCAGAGCGUCAACGCCACAGGAGCAGAUUCCAGCUCUCCCAUGGGCUUCGUGCUUGGGGUCGAUCUUCUUCACAUAUUCCCUCUGGCAGGAGCAACUUUUCUGUGCCCUGCUGAUGUGACUGACCCCAGAACUUUCCAGAGAAUUUUAGAACUGCUUCCCAGAAGGAGAGCGGAUGUGAUUCUGAGUGACAUGGCACCGAAUGCCACUGGGAUCCGAGACCUUGAUCAUGACAGGCUCAUAAGCUUGUGCCUUACCCUUGUGGACAUGGCUGUGGACAUCCUGCACCCCGGGGGGACACUGCUGUGUAAAACCUGGGCUGGAAGUAAAAGCCACCUGCUGCAGAAGAGACUAACCCAGGAAUUCCGAAGCACAAGGGUCGUGAAACCGGAGGCUAGCAGGAAAGAGUCUGCAGAGGUCUAUCUGUUAGCCACACAGUACCUUGGGAGGAAGGGCUCCACCAAGCAGUGAUUCUGCCCCACCCUUCCGGGAUCGCGUCUGUCUGGAGCGUGGAUCCAAGCUGAGUUGUGGAUAUGAACAGCACCCCGAGGCACUGGGGUUUAAGAGAUUAAAAAAACGUAUUCAAGG